AUGAGUCUGAAUAGAAGCCAAAGCCCAGAACGAGGCAAGAGGUUCCACAGCAGUGAACGCGCAUCUUACUGUGAUGCCCCAUAUCCUAGAGAGCGCCGCAGUCAUCGGCAAGAUUAUCUUUGCAAUAAAUGUAAACGGCCAGGGCAUUUUGCCAGGGAUUGUUCGAAUAUGACUGUCUGCAACAACUGUGGACUUCCUGGCCACCUUGCUGCUGAAUGCAACUCAAUAACUAUGUGCUGGAACUGUAAGGAGCCUGGGCAUCUUGCAAGCCAAUGCUCAAAUGAUCCAGUCUGUCAUAUUUGUGGUAAGAUAGGGCACCUGGCUCGGGAUUGCGCGAACCCUAGUCUUCCAGCCCAUGAUGCAAGACUCUGCAACAACUGUUACAAGCCAGGUCAUAUUGCAGUGGAUUGCACAAAUGAGAAGGCUUGCAACAAUUGUCGGAAACCUGGUCACCUUGCUCGCAACUGCCCCAACGAACCUGUUUGUCACACCUGCAACAUAGCAGGUCACAUUGCCCGCCAGUGCGCCAAGUCAAACCGGGCACCAUACAUUGGAGGCCCUUUCCGCGACAUUAUGUGCUGUAAUUGUGGGCUGCCAGGCCAUGCAAUCCGAGAGUGCGUAUCCAUUGUCAUCUGCAACAACUGUGGUGGAAGGGGUCAUCAAGCUUAUGAGUGCCCUUCUUCUGCCUUGAUAUGUGGUCGUCAUGGCAUCCGUAAGUAUUGA